AUGUAUGCGCGUUGUCGGUUGUCGGAGUUUUGUGACGAAGAUCGUUUGAGUGUGGGCCGGGGAGGAGAUGUGCACGAAACCGAACCGGAACGAUAUAAGGAUACCGAUGACAUGAGCUCAGAUACGGCAGCUGGACAAACAACACAACCCAUCGACCUGCCCAAGCCGACGGACUCGAGCUAUGGACAUGCGGACAUCCUCCAAACCCUCCCGAUCGAUAGCUCCCCUUCAUGUUUGGAAUGGUCGAACGACGGCCAAGCCUUUGCAGUCACCAAGGCGAACAUAUACCUCUUGACACCCAUUCUCGGAUACUUGGUUUCUCCGGAAGACCGUCAUACGCAUACACAAGCCCAACCCACUGAGAAUGGCUCUCAUUCGCAAGACGCUCCAUCUACGCCUUCAAGAUCUAAUCCUUCGGGCAUACAAGAAUCAAUAGCAGACUCGACUACAAAAUCGGCCGGUGGUCAGCCUAAGAUACCAUUCUUUACGACGAUUAUCGAGAUCAAUAAACAACUUGGCGUUAAUUGGUCAACCCACUCUAAUGAUAUAUCGACCAUCACACCGCCUAAUGAUGAUCGAUUCUGGCGAGCAGCUACCUGGUCUCCUAGUGGCUUAUCAGCCUUGGGAUCGUGCUUGCUUGCUGGAUUGUCUACCACUUGCGAUGUCUUUGUAUAUUCACCCUGUCAGAAUUACCAAGCUGGAUUGUGGGCAAUCAAAGAAACGCUAAACCUCUCCGAAGAAUUGUUGACAAUCUUUUACGAUUUUUAUCCAUCUAUCAUUGGCCAUCAAGAGGACCCGACGAAGUCAAUUGAUGUCAGUCCAGAGACUGCAUGGGACAUAUCGGAAGAGGGAGAGGAGAAACGAAGCAGAUUUACUGCGGGCGUUCUCAGAACUCAAGCCACUUGUAUUGCCUGGUCGCCUGCCUAUUCACAUUCCAACUGCGACACACCCGUCUUGAAUCAGCAUGACGAUUUAUAUGAUGUCGAUUUUUCGCUGCUUGCGGUAGGCCACAGAAGAGGGGAUCUAUCUCUGUGGAGACACACAUCCAAAGGACACAUGGAGCUUGAGUCCUUUAACCCAAUUUGCUCCGACGGCCGGACUCUCAACUUGCUAUCGUGGUCAGAUUGGAAAUUGAGCGCUAGGCGAAGAGUUGACGAUACAUCGGCACAGCAGUACCAGUUAACUGCCCAUCUAGCAGUGGCUAAUUCGAAAGGGGUAGUUUAUCUCAUGCAAGUCUGUCGACCGUUCGAGAGACCGACGAAGCCAGUCUCUCCCAUUUCCCGGAUGGAGAUACAGAUCAUAGGGAUAUACCAGGACCCACUGAACCAAUCAUCGAUCACCUACUUCAAAUGGUUACCUCCCUCUGGGAAUACUCUGUCGAGAUUGAUCAUCAGUCGGUUGGGCGAGAUCGUUCUUGUUCCGUUGUCUUCGACUUCUACUGAAGGCCAGAGUGAUUCUCAGUCUGGAUUGUUCCUCGGACCCACUCAGGUGAUUCAAUUGCCUGUCUUGCAACCUCAUGACGAUCGCUUGUGUUGGGCGGACUGCAACAGCUGGGCAACAUGUUCAGGAAUGAGUAUCAUCCCAACAAGUUUACCUGGGAUUACGCAAAUCAUAGCGAUGCUUUCGAACGGCUUGAUAUUCGUUUUGAGGGAAUCUUUAGAUCCCAACCCGUCAUCAUCAUCUUCGGCUAUGGCCAACCCACUCGAGCUCGACUUGGCACAUUCCGUGCAACUUUCACUAGACUUUCGAGCCAAGUUUCGCGCGAUCGGCUAUUCUGCCCACCCUCCACCCAACAGCACGCCGAUCACCAAGCAGAACGUCAUGAGUGUCUAUGGAUCACAUGUUCUCAGUGGUCUACAACAUGUCUCAGGUGACCACCAGCAGCUCCAUUCAAUCGAUCCGAUUUCUCUACUGAGCAGCUGCAUCAUGAGUUGGUUGUACGAAAUCGACGCCCCCAACAAGUUUCGCUACAAACCGGAGAACCACCAAAUUCUCCAGUUUUGUUUAGCAUAUUUCAAUCCGGUUGGAUCGGUCCAAAGGAGGGUGCAGCUACUAGGGAUGCUCGAGAAUCAAAUCACUGCGAUAUUGCCGGCCAUGCUUUCCAAAUCGGCUUCGUCCAUCUUAGUGUCGCCUUCUUCAAAACUGUUGAACAUUUUCAACAUCCUCCACUCGAUUUUCUCUGAUCCUGGGUCUCGGGAAUCUCCGUCUUUCGAUCUCCUCAACUCCACUCUUUCGAAUUUGGUUGAUUUGCUUCCACUGGGAACAGAAACUGCUUACUUCGCGCUACCGGACCAUCAACCCAUUCUAAACUAUGAUGGAGGGACGACGUCUAUGGCCUUGAAAAGUCAACUAAUUAACCAACUCUUCUAUAAUCUCAAUCUUGACCACCUUCGCUUGAAGGUCAACCUUUGUAACUUUUUGCUGGGUCGCGCCGAUAAAGCUAAAUUCCCCUCAUUGAGAUCUCGGCUCGUUGAGGCCAAAGUCUCUCUCUCACGAGUCAUCCAUCGCCUGGUCUUGCAAACCAUUGCGCAGUUCUUUCUUCGACAUGUAGGGCAACUUUCGAGCGAUGAAAGGCCAGUUUUCAAUCGAUAUCAAUGUGCGACCAAAGCUAUUGACCGGUUCCCAGAGCCAACAAUCGAGCAACUUUUGGAACCUGAUGAGGUCGACCACAAGCUGUUAGACCAAGAUCGGCUUUCAUCGGCCCCUGAUGAUUCACUGGGCAAUGGAAAUCCUCUGAUCUCGUUCGGAGGAGAAGAAAACGAAGUGGAGCAGUGUCCCGCUUGUCUUCAAUCUGUUUGUUUUGAUAGUCUGCGAUUUGCGAUCUGUCGCGUUGGCCAUGUUUGGGACCGAUGCUCAGUCACCUUUCAAAUCUUAUCGACGAUUAAAGUGAGGAUCUGUACCGGCUGCGGGAGAAAAUCGAUGGUAAAAGGUGGUGGCGAGGAUCAGACGACCAGUCGACCUCCUGAGGCCAGUCAAGAAGGGGCUCAAAUGGAGACUGGUGAUCAUCAACAUCCUUCAACUUCUACUCAGCAGGAGGAUGCGGAUGUCGGUCGGCUGGGCAAGCCUUCGUUGGUUCAGGUCUUGCUGGAUUCAUCCAUCUGUUGUUGGCAUUGCGGUGGGAGAUGGAGACUUUCUUCUUGA